GCUGACAUGUCUGCCUUGAGGUACACCCUGGGUCUUCUGGCCCUGCUUGUGGUGGCAGCCUAUGCCGAGGAGGAGGACCUCUCGGUCCCUGAGCUGCUGGAGAAGGCCAACCAGGACGUUGUCCAUACCAUAGAUGAACCCCUGGUGGAAGAUGACAUUGCUUACAGCAAUGAGGAUGAGCGGAACGCUGAUCCCUGCACAUCCCGCAGCUGCAUAUGGCCCAAGUCCAGCGAUGGCAAGGUCUACGUUCCCUACACCCUAUCCAGCGCGUACAGCGACAGGGAGAGGUCUGUCAUUGAGCGUGGUCUGCAGUCCUUCGCGACGAUCUCCUGCAUCCGCUUCAUCAAGCGCACCAACCAAAAAGACUACCUUGCCAUCCAGUCCCUGGAAGGUUGCUACUCUUUCAUCGGCCGUCAGGGCAAGGCCCAGACUGUGUCCCUAGCUCGUUCCGGUUGUGUCUACCAUGGCACCACCCAACAUGAGGUGCUGCAUGCCCUGGGCUUCCACCACGAGCAGAAGCGCAGCGACCGUGACAGUCACAUCCGCAUCCACCUGGAGAACGUCAUUUCUGGCAAGGAGAACAACUUCAAGAAGAUCGCCACACUUAACCAGAACACUGGUUAUGACUAUAAAUCAGUCAUGCACUACGGCAAGUUUGCCUUCUCCAAAAACAACAAGGCAACCAUGGUGCCUAUUCCCAACCAGAAUGUGGAGAUUGGCAAGGCCACCGAGAUGAGCCAGAAUGACAUUAACCGUCUCAAGAGGCUUUAUAAAUGUUAG